AUGAUGUCCUCCAAGCUCCCGCGGCUCGCCUUUGCCGCUACCCGGCGAACAGCUCCUCAAACCGCUCUCCGAACCUAUGCGACGCCCGCGGCCCCAGAUACGAAGCCACCUGUACCUUUGUUUGGACUUGAUGGAACUUAUGCAAAUGCUCUGUACACCGCAGCUGCCAAAACCAAUGCAUUGGACCCAACUUCCAAAGCGCUCACCAGCUUACAACAGAUCCUGAAAAGCGAUCCGAAAUUGUCCACGAUCAUUGCGGCCCCGACCCUGACGGACGCAGACAAAUCACAGAUCGUCGCAGAACUGGAAAAACACACCGGUGGCGCCGACAAGUCCGGCAUGGUCAAAAAUUUGAUGUCAGCACUCGCAGAGAACAACCGUCUGAACUUGCUCGAGGGUGUCUGUGAGAAGUUUGGCACAUUGAUGAGUGCCGCGAGAGGGGAGAUGGAAUUGGUUGUGACCAGCGCUGCGAAACUCGACGAAAAACUCCUCCGCCGCUUAGAAACCGCCAUCGCCAAGUCCGAAUACAGCCAAGGCAAGAAGCUCAAGGUGACCACGAAAGUGAACCCGGAUAUCCUGGGCGGACUCGUGGUCGAGAUCGGCGAGCGGACCAUCGACCUCAGCGUGUCCAGCAAAAUCGCCAAGUUGAACAAGAUGCUGACUGACACGGUGUAA